AUGCCGGGCCGUCUGAUCCCCAACUUCGUGCGGGGCUCUGGCUCUCUGCACUCGUCGCUCUCGUCGACUCCCAUCCACUCCAAUUCGUCGUCGACCACCUCUGUCAAUGAGAUCGCGCAUCACGGCCCCAAGAAGCCGCAUGGCACCCCGGACCGGGCUCGCUCCCCCGAGCGCCGCUUGUCCUUCUCCAUGGACCACUUGAUCCACCCCCACCGGGACCACAGCAAGGAGAAGCGCCGGAGCCUGGGACGCCCUGGCCGGUCCAAGGAGCGCCUCAGCAAGGACGAGCUCGUUCAGUCAUCCGCCAAGCUCGAGGUCUUGGUCGAGUCUCCUCCUCUGGUCUGCUACGGCAACCCCAACAACUCGACGGGCGCUCUGUUCUCCGGCCGACUGCGUGUGACUAUCCCCGAGGCCGGCGAAGUCACCCUCAACCAGUUUGAUGUGCGCCUGGUCUCCAAGACGACCACCAAGAAGCCCGUGUCCGGCCACUGCCCGAACUGCGCGACCCGCACGGAGGAGCUCACCCGGUGGAACUUCCUCACCGAGGCUCUGCACCUGAAGGCCGGUGAGCACGACUUCCCCUUCAGCUACCUGUUCCCGGGCCACCUGCCCGCUUCCUGCAAUGGCUCCCUGGGCCAGAUCGAGUACUUCCUGCUGGCGCAUGCCCACAGCACCGCGGGCGAGGAGUUCAACUUGAAGCUGCCCUUGAAUGUCCGCCGUGCGCUGAUCCCCGGCAACGACAAGUCCUCCAUCCGCAUUUUCCCUCCCACCAACCUCACAGGCCGCAUCGUCCUGCCCUCAGUGGUCCACCCCAUUGGCAAGUUCCCGGUGGAGAUGACCUUGAGCGGCGUAGUAGACAAGGGCAACGAAACCCAGACGCGCUGGCGCCUGCGCAAGAUGAUGUGGCGCAUUGAGGAGCACCAGAAGAUCAUCUCCACCGCAUGCCAGAAGCACACCCACAAGAUCGGCGGUGAGAACAAGGGCGUCCUGCACCAGGAGACCCGCAUCAUUGGCCACAACGAGGAGAAGAGCGGUUGGAAGACAGAUUUCGACACCGCCGGCGGCGAAAUCAGCUUGCAGUUCGACGCCAGCAUCAACCCGACCACCAACCCUGUGUGCGACAUGGAGGCUCCCGGCGGCCUAGAGGUGAAGCACAACCUCGUCAUUGAGCUAAUCGUAGCGGAGGAGUUCUGCCCGAACCGCAACACCCGUCUCAUCACCCCCACCGGCGCCGCCCGCGUCCUGCGCAUGCAAUUCAACCUCCACGUCACGGAGCGCAGUGGCCUUGGUAUCAGUUGGGACGAGGAGAUGCCUCCUGUCUACGAGGACGUUCCCGCCAGCCCGCCCGGUUACACCAAGCUGGAUGACACUCGCAGUGUCAUGGAAGACUACCACGGUUCUCCGCUACCCCUGCCUGACUACGACGAGCUGGAGCGGAUGGAGUCUCUCCGUCUGGACAGUGACUCAACCCACUCCUCCGCCAACUCCAGCCGCGGCCGCAUGCGCUUCACGGUCGACGACCUAGUCAUUACGCACACCCCGCCUUCCUCUGAACCGGCCUCACGCGCCCCGUCGGCCGACUCUUCCCGCCAAUAA